CGUACUCGUAGUUGCGUUUGUUGUUUAGGUAAGGGAUGUCGAGAUCUCUGUGAAGUGAUUCAGCGCAAGAUCAUGUUCUGCAAAACCUAUAGACUACGCAAUUGUCAAGGCUGUCAACUGACCAUCGAAUGUCAAGCACAGGUAUCAAACAAAUUGUCAAAGUGAGGUUUCAGGCACGUAUAUUCAAGAGUUGGAGGUGUUAACUUCGCUCGUUAUAAGAUAGGGUUUGGGAUUCAAAAAUUGGGAAUGAUACCAAGCUCACAGACUUCCUGAGGCAAGUGUAAUCCAACAUGCAGAAUAUAUCUGUGAGAAUUGUCCUAGUGUUGAACAGUGAAAAAUGAAGGCACUAUUUUACAGAAACGCAUUUGACUCCUUGUUGGAGGUAUUUUCAUUAAGAACCUGGUUAUUAUUCGUACUAGGUUACUUCUUCCUAGUUUUUCUGGUAUUUUGUGCCAGUUGUAUCAAGGAUCUGGCAGCCAUAUACAUGGACUUAAUUUGUAGAGACGAAUACGACACCACGAUCAAACUUUUGAAGACCAAAAGUAGCCGUUCUAAACGACUCCAAAGCCGACGAAAUAAAGUGCUUAGUCAAUGAGUAUUUGCUGUUUUCAUUACAAUUUAAGCCUUAUUAACUAUAUCGGC